GUAGAUGCUGAGGAAGGAACUUCUGACAGCUCUUCUGGGCUGGGGGAUUGUUGCUGUCCUUGCCCAGGAGGGAGAUAGGAAGUAGCAGAGCCUGGACAGGGAUUGUAAUUCCCUGUAAAUAACGCAGCAUCUUCAGCACUGAUCUAGUCCCUGGGAUAGCUGUAGGAAAGCUGCUCUGAGUCCAGAAUUCCUUCUGCAAGGUGUUGGGUUUUGUGGUGUGCUGGCAGCAGGGGCUGCGAGUGAGAAGCUGAGCUGAGCAGAUGCCCUUGGUGCUGGCUGGCUGCCCAGCGCUCAGGAGAAGCAGCCAUGAGGCCAUGAUCUGUGCCUCAUUGGAUUCAGAGGCCAUGAUCUGUGUCUCAGUGGAUCCAGAGGCCAUGAUCUGUGUCUCGUUGAAUCCAGAGGCCAUGAUCUGUGNCUCGUUGAAUCCAGAGGCCAUGAUCUGUGUCUCGUUGAAUCCAGAGGCCAUGAUCUGUGCCUCGGUGGAUCCAGAGGCCGUGAUCUGUGCCUCAUUGAAUCCAGAGGCCAUGAUCUGUGCCUCAUUGGAUUCAGAGGCCAUGAUCUGUGUCUCGGUGGAUCCAGAGGCCAUGAUCUGUGCCUCGGUGGAUCCAGAGGCUUUGAUGUGUGCCUCGGUGGAUCCAGAGGCCAUGAUCUGUGUCUCGUUGGAUCCAGAGGCCAUGAUCUGUGCCUCGGUGGAUCUAAGCAGCAAGAACUCCUCGUGUGGCCGCACAGGCCUCAUGCCAAGGAGCUGAGGAGCUGAGGCCUCAGGGAGAUGGGAGUGACCGGGCCUUGGGUGCCCGGUGUGCCAGACAGGACUUAGUUCUAGGCCAGAGUUGUGCCGUGUGUAAAACACCUGUGGGGUUUUAUCUUUGUGUGUGCAGUGUCAGCC